AAUUCAUCAACCACAAAACCUCAUCAUCACAAAAAAAAUUCAAAAUCCUCAUCAUCAAUAUGUGUUUCAGUUUUCGCUGCUUCGUCUGCCUCUAUUGCACAAUCUACACGGUUAUCUUCUUCUUCGUGGCUUUCACAACCGUCCUCUGGAUUGUAAUCUCCCCAUCCAGUGUUAAAUUCCACAUAACCGAUGCUACUCUCACCGAGUUCAACAUUACGAAUAACGAUACCUUAUAUUACAAUUUCAAAGUCAAUGUCACUGCACGAAACCCAAAUGAUAACAUCAUAGUCUAUUAUCGACAAAUCACCGCAAUUGCUUGGUACAAAGAUAACGAUUUUGGUUAUGUGAGUUUGACACCCUUUGAUCAAGGACACAAGAAUACAACAUUUCUCGGGCCAAUUGUGUUUAAAGGGAAUCGUACAAUCAAACUUGGACAUCAACAAAUUGAAGAGUAUUUUGAAGAGACGCGUCUCGGGAUUUAUAAUGAUUUGGCUGUUGAUUUCGAUGUUCAUAUUAAAGCUAAAUUUGGACGCUUUAAAAGUGGUCGGUUUAAUCCACCAAUGGUGCAGUGUCGUCGUUUGAGAGUUCCUUUGGUUUCAGCUUCCAAUAGUACUCGCUCAUUAUCAUCAUUUUCUUUUAGUGAAACAAGAUGUAGCAGUGGUUCUUUCUUUACGGAUCGUAAUGUAAAUGCUGGACCUUGAUAUCUAUAUAACAUUGUGAAUUUGUAUACUGUUUUUUCAUAUUACCUCAAAUAUUCUACAAUGUGUAUGUGCAUAUAUAUAAUAAUAUAUAACUUUU